AUGGCCGCCUUUCAGAUGGGCCGCUUCAAGAUCAGCAAACUGCUCGUCUACUCGGCGGGCACCGGCAUCGCCGCCUACACCACCUACAAGGUGGUAGCUCCGCGCUCCCGCGUCAUCGCCGACUCGACCAACUCGAGAAUGCCGGAGCCGCUGGCCGGCAAGUUUCUGCCCAGCCGAGCGGAGCAGCUCGCCAAGCUCAAGUCGCCCAACAAGGUUUUUGACGUGCUGGUCAUUGGCGGCGGCGCCACCGGCACCGGCGUCGCCCUGGACGCCGCUACUCGAGGUCUCUCCACUGCACUCGUCGAGCUGGACGACUUCUCCUCGGGCACCUCGAGUCGCUCGACGAAGCUGAUUCACGGCGGCGUCCGCUACCUGCAAAAGGCCAUCAUGAAGCUCGACUACGAGCAGUACCACAUGGUCCGCGAGGCGCUGCAAGAGCGCGCCAACCUCCUCGAAAUUGCCCCCCACCUGAGCAGCCCCCUGCCCAUCAUGCUGCCCGUCUACAAGUGGUGGCAGGUGCCCUACUUCUGGGCCGGUAUCAAGUGCUACGACCUGGUGGCCGGCAGUCGCAACCUCAAGCCCAGUUACUUCCUCUCGAAGACGAACGCCCUCGAGCUCUUUCCCAUGCUGAAGUCUGACUCGCUGAAGGGGGCGAUCGUCUACUACGACGGCCAGCACAAUGACGCCCGCAUGAACGUGGCCAUUGCGCUGACGGCGGCCCGCUACGGAGCGGCCGUCGCCAACCACACCGCCGUCGUGUCGCUGAGCAAGGACCCGGCCAGCGGCAAGCUGAACGGUGCCCGCCUCCGCGACAUGACCACCGGCGAGGAGUGGGACGUCCGCGCGAAGACCGUCAUCAACGCCACCGGCCCCUUCACCGACUCCAUUCGGACGAUGGCCGACGGCGAGGUGCGCAAGAUCUGCCAGCCCUCCAUUGGCGUGCACAUCGUCCUCCCCGGCUACUACUCCCCCGCCAACAUGGGCCUCCUCGACCCGGCCACCA